CAGCUCUCCUCCUCUCCGCCCACUCGCCUUUGCGCAGCCAAUCCGGAGGCGGGAAGUGCUCUGGCCCGGACGUUCGGGCGGGGCAGGGUGGAGGCCCGGCGGGGCAGGGAGUGGGCCAGCUGGGGGCCUGGGGCCGCACUCCGGGGAGUUAAGCGGGGCGGCCUGGAAGGAGUGCGGGGUGGUGUCGCCGCUGCUGCUGCCGCGGCCGCCUCCUCGUCGGGAAGAAGCGGCUCCUCCCCUGCGUGCCCGGAGAAUGUGUGUGUGUCCCGGGCCCAGACGAAUUGGAAUCCCCGUCAGAAGUUCCAGCCUGCCGCUCUUCUCUGAUGCCAUGCCAGCCCCGACUCAACUGUUUUUCCCUCUGAUCCGGAACUGUGAGCUGAGCAGAAUCUACGGCACCGCGUGUUACUGCCACCACAGACAUCUGUGCUGCUCGUCGCCGUACCUUGCGCAGAGUCGCCUGAGGUACGCGCCGCACCCGGCGUACGCUACCUUCUGCCGGCCGAAGGAGAGCUGGUGGCAGUACACCCAGGGACGGAGAUACGCUUCCACGCCGCAGAAAUUUUACCUCACCCCGCCACAGGUCAACAGCAUCCUGAAAGCUAAUGAAUACAGUUUCAAAGUGCCAGAAUUCGAUGGCAAAAACGUCAGUUCUGUCCUUGGAUUUGACAGCAAUCAGCUGCCUGCAAAUGCGCCCAUCGAGGACCGGAGAAGCGCAGCCACCUGCUUGCAGACCAGAGGGAUGCUUCUGGGGGUUUUUGACGGCCAUGCGGGCUGCGCUUGUUCCCAGGCAGUCAGUGAGAGACUCUUUUAUUAUAUUGCCGUGUCUCUGUUACCCCAUGAGACUUUGCUAGAGAUUGAAAACGCAGUAGAGAGUGGCCGGGCACUGCUGCCCAUUCUCCAGUGGCACAAGCACCCCAAUGAUUACUUCAGUAAGGAAGCAUCCAAAUUGUAUUUCAACAGCUUGAGGACUUACUGGCAAGAACUUAUAGACCUCAACACCGGGGAGUCGACUGAUAUCGAUGUCAAGGAGGCUUUAAUUAAUGCUUUCAAGAGGCUUGACAAUGACAUCUCUUUGGAGGCUCAAGUUGGUGACCCCAAUUCUUUCCUCAACUACCUGGUGCUCCGAGUGGCAUUUUCUGGGGCCACCGCUUGUGUGGCCCACGUAGAUGGUGUUGACCUUCAUGUGGCCAAUACUGGCGAUAGCAGAGCCAUGCUGGGUGUGCAGGAAGAGGAUGGCUCUUGGUCAGCAGUCACUCUCUCUAAUGACCACAAUGCUCAGAAUGAAAGAGAACUGGAACGGCUGAAAUUGGAACACCCAAAGAAUGAGGCCAAGAGUGUGGUGAAACAGGAUCGGCUUCUUGGCUUGCUGAUGCCGUUUAGGGCUUUUGGAGACGUAAAGUUCAAAUGGAGCAUUGACCUUCAAAAGAGGGUGAUAGAAUCAGGCCCAGACCAGUUGAACGACAAUGAAUAUACCAAGUUUAUCCCUCCUAAUUAUUACACGCCUCCUUAUCUCACUGCUGAGCCAGAGGUAACUUACCACCGAUUAAGGCCACAGGAUAAGUUUCUAGUGUUGGCUACUGAUGGGCUCUGGGAGACGAUGCAUAGACAGGAUGUGGUUAGGAUUGUGGGCGAGUACCUGACGGGCAUGCAUCACCAACAGCCAAUAGCUGUUGGCGGCUACAAGGUGACUCUAGGACAGAUGCAUGGCCUUUUAACAGAGAGGAGAGCCAAGAUGUCCUCAGUAUUCGAGGACCAGAAUGCAGCAACGCAUCUCAUUCGUCAUGCAGUGGGCAACAACGAGUUUGGGACCGUUGAUCACGAGCGCCUCUCCAAAAUGCUUAGUCUUCCUGAGGAGCUGGCUCGGAUGUACAGAGACGACAUUACAAUCAUUGUGGUUCAGUUCAAUUCUCAUGUGGUAGGGGCAUAUCAAAACCAAGAAUAGUGAGUACAUCUUUCCCUGGCAGUUCCCAAAUGAAAGAGAUUUCAAGGGCAGAUAGAUUUGUAAAAGAUACUAAGAUAAUAAACAUUUCCAGUGGGUCAUUCUCAGCAUUUACCCAUUUGAUACUCCAGCUGGUCAGAUACUCCCAAUUGGCUUUGCAGCAGGGUGGCAGGGUCACAAGAGUCUCCUUCUGCCUAGCUCGGACCUCACAGCACCUGCACGCGUGGCAAGUCAGUUCCUUUUGCGAAUGUCUUGUGACAUUGGCUUCUUUUAUCAAUCUGAGAAAAUCAAGAUGCCCUGGCAAGUAAGAUCUUGACUAGGCCUAAAGCCAGGAUCUUGCUGGGCGUAUUCUCUUAGUAAAAGGGAAGAAACAUUACUGUUCACACCUGCAGACCCUUGUCGUCACUAAGAUUCCAGUGUACAUGAGAAUGUUUAUUUACUGCAUGAUUUCCUAGAUAUACAAUCUAUGCAUCAUUCGUAUAAAUUUAUUUUAGCCUGAAGUGGUUUUCAAAUCCAGUACUUUCAGCCAUAAAUGACUGAGAACCAAGCAAUCUGAAUUUGUAGGUGUUUGUGAUUAUUUGACUGGAAUGCUUCUUAAAUGGAAAAACAAACUCUACUCCCUUCCCCACCCCUGGUGACCUAACGUAAUCAAGAUAGUUUCUGUUCUGCCACAUACCUGAAGACGACAAUGUUUUUGGUUUCGUCCACUCUUACAUUGAUGUUAAAGAAAAAAAGAGUUUUUUUAGUUUUUAGUAAUGAAAUGAUUUCAUUUCAUUUCGUUUGAAAUAAGAUGCAGAAUAAAAAGAAGAGACUGUUCCAUCCUUGUCCUCUGUAACCACCAGCACAGUCAUGCUUAUCUCUUAACGCCCAGCGGCUUGGCAUGCUGCGUGCAGUGGGUAGACUGCUGCCAGGAAAUCAUACUGUCCAUUCAGUAGUGAUAAGAAUGUUCCCCACCUUUGGAAUUUCAAGGCUGACUUAUAUAAAAUAAGUUGAAAUAUCAAAUUGGGGAGGAAGGUUUAAUUCUACUUCUGGGUGUUGAGGCCAGGGAGGGAGUUUUUGUUUUUCCCCCACAUAAACAUAGGCCAGUUGAAAUAUUUGGUUUAAAAAUGACUAAAUGCUUUAAGCAUAUUAUAGCUUAUAAAUAGAAAUCUUAAGAUAUAUACACAAGAAGUUUUAAAAGGUAACUGUUGUGCAUGCCUGAUGCUUAAUAGAUCCCUUAGUAGCAUCAAGUGUUGUUUGCAGCAGUCUCUGUGAUUACAUGCAGUCCCUUCUAAUGCUGUAUCAAAGUAAAUGAAAAUAAAUAUAUUCAAAUUGGCUUUUUGGGAGCUUAUUUGAUAUGCAUCAAAUGUCAUUUGUCCUGUGUUUAAUGGUGAUCUUGUACAGCUGUGCAUAUAUUUUCAUCACUUAUUCUAGCAUCACUGUUAAAAGAAUGGCUAUGACUAUGUUUGAUAUUCACAUAGAUUUUAAAACAACACAUGAUUGGCUUUCCCUUGUACAAUUCGUUGAGGGGUUUUAGGAGUCCUUCCAAUUUCUGUAGAAUAUGAACUAGCUGUUCAAGGACUUCCUCUGGACUGUGGACACUAAAGUGAUGUGGAACUGAUGGUAAAACUUGUUCCGGUGGAAAAACAGACUCAGGCACAUUGUAGCUCAGAGCAGCAUAUCAUGUUUGUUUUCCGAGUUUUGUUGUUGUUUUUUUUUCUUUCCCCCACUUUUCCCCUUAAUUCAGCUUGGAACUUUUCUUCCAGGCAGCAUUUUGGAAGGGGGAAGGCUGUACUAUAUAUUUAUUUCUAAAUGUUUUGACAGAUGUCAUCUUUUAAUUGAAAUAUGUGUAGACUGCUGUAUCAAUUAAAACCCGUUUUCAGGCUACUAUUUUAAUUUCUUUUGAAUACUGCCACUGAAGAGUUCCAUAUUAUUAUAUACUUAAUAGUCUCGUCUCUUUUUAGUACAGUAUAUAUAAAUUCGAUUUCCAGUGGUCACAAUCAAAAUAGUAAUUAUUCUUGCACAAGAAACUUGAUCUGCAGUCCAAAAGCUGGUCUACUCUCUAGGAAUGAAAACGCAGUGUGGAGUUGACAUUGUGGAAAUAAAAAUAAUUGGAUCUUAGAAACUUGAAUGUACUAUCAUCUAAAAGCAGUUGUGAUUUUACUGUAAUUGGUUGUCACUGUGAUGUGAUAUGUAGAAUUAAAGUGAAGAACAUAUGUAAACUUUCAUUGUAUUUAACCUUUCUUAAACUUCUUUUUAUUAUGGAAACUUUCUAAUGUGUAUCAACCUCUGUAUUUAUAUUUAAUCAGUGGCUCAUGAUAUUUAUAAUACGCCCUUAACUAAGUGGAAUGGUGGUAUGUUUCACCGUACUUGGUAAAAAACCUGUGUCUUUUAAAAGAUGUAUCUGUACGAAGACAUGUGAAAAGUUUAUAGUAUUGGUCACAGAAAUGCCCACAGUGAAUUAAAGCUUCAUAUCUGCUUUCUGAA